AUGAAUCACAAGUCCAAACUACCAGAUCAAUGGGGUCCUUCAAAGGCUGUUCCCAACAAAGAGGCCAUGGCGGUCUGGGCAACUUGUCGCAAUAUCGUCGAGCUUAAUAUGAAUGUCCAAGCGAUCUGUCGGAAAGCUAGUGCAGAGACAAUGUGUAUCUGGAGACAGAUAAUCAAGAUCAAGACAAGCGCUAAUCAGCCGCAAGGUACUGACAACCAACAGUCCCUGUCCACCAUUGAAGCAAUCAACUUAGCCGUGGCCGCUAUCAACGAAUUUAAUGAAACAUAUCAGGCCUUCAUCCUACAUUGCAUCAAUAAUUUCAGCUGUCUUUCUACGUGUCCCAGAAUAUCCAUUGUAUCCCAUGUGAUGUUUUGGAACCUUGGCAUUUUCCUUUUGGUCGAUGUGUUCCAAAGUGCGAUCAAAGAUCUCGACGACUCCAUCGCGCUACAGACUGGGCCAAUUAUCCGUAAAUUCCAACAAGACGCGGUCUCCUGUGUCGCACAAGCAGUUGAACGCGUCCUCCAUCUACCCGCCGAGGAGGCUUUUAACCUCCAGAACGGCUUUGGCGCUGAAGUCCCAAUAACAGCCUACCAUGUCACCCCAAGCCUGGCUGUCACUGCCCUUCAAAAAGCGAUUGAAAGUGUGAUCAAUCUAUGUCUUCCCUGGACAAAUCAAAGUGGUCUAACACCGGCCGAUGGGCAAGUUCUCAUACCGGAUGGGAUUUGGGAUCGUCAAAUAGACAUUUUGAUGAAAGGUCUCAUGUCGCUUGAUGUGACCAUUGGCGGAUCACAAACCUCUGUGCUGGCUCUUCGGGAGUUGAUGAAAAAGCAUGGAGAUAUAGUAUCCGAAUGCUGGACUUCAGGAUUCGACACUUGA